UAUUAAAUCCAUAAAAACUUGUGAAAAACCAUUUAAAGGGACGAAAAACAUGUUACGAAAUGUGAGUAAUUCUGUGACAAAGUUAUUGGGAACUCAUUCAAGACACGGAUGUCGGGCCACCGCCACCACCGCAACGGAUCCAACCAUUCAAUGGCUGUGCAAACCGCUGGGAUGUCAUCGACUGUUCUCAUCGCUGGCGGACACUCCCCAUGAGAUCCCCGACAAUAUCUCGUACGUGGAGGACGCGGAGGACCCGUCCUUCUUCCAUAUGGUUGAGUACUUCUACCACAAGGGCUGGAAAGUGGUCGAAGACAAGCUCGCGGAUGAACUUAAGGGCAAACUCUCGCCCGAAGAGAAGCGCAAGAAAGUGAGGGGUUAUCUGACGAUCAUAGGGCCCUGUCAUUCAGUCCUCGAGGUCUCCUAUCCCAUCAAACGAGAUAAUGGCGAAUACGUUAUGAUCAACGGCUGGAGAGCACAGCACAGCCACCACAGGACGCCCUGCAAAGGAGGUAUUCGGUUCAGUACAGACGUGUGUUUGGAUGAAGUGAAGGCAUUGGCGGCUCUCAUGACAUUCAAGUGCGCUGUGGUGGACGUGCCCUUCGGCGGCGCGAAGGCCGGCCUCAAGAUUAACCCCAAAGAGUUCAGUGACCAGGAGUUGGAGAAGAUUACGCGAAACUUUGCGCUCCAAUUGUGCAAAAAGGGGUUCUUAGGGCCGGGCAUCGACGUG